AUGACUAUCCAACAGAAGAAAGCUAAGAGAGUUCCUAACUUCCGUAUAAAUGCUUAUACUGUUGCACCAAGCCAUCCCCUGGGAGUGAAACCAUCAGGAAAUGCAUUAUUCGAAUCCGCAGACUUAACAAAGCAAGCGAAGAUCAAAGACAAUCUUUUGGGACGAUUAAGCAGAUUUCCUGAGGAGCUGUUAAUGGAAUUUAUCUCAUAUAUUGAUAACCCGCGGGAUUUGCACAAUUUAGGCUGCGCUUCUCGGAUUCUCUACGCUUACACUUACGAUGAAGAACACUGGAGGAGGUUAUUCAUCAAGGAAUACAUUCGAAUGGAAAAUGAAUCCAGGGAACCGAAUGCCAAUAUUUACCCAUUCGAAUGCACUAAGUGGAUGGGGUCUUGGAGGAAAACCGUGUUAAAAGUCGAGCACGAAGCAUUGAUAAAGUCGAAUGAUUUAAUAUUUUCGGAUUUGCUUUAUAGGCCAUAUCAGUGUUCACAAAUUGACUACCUGGAGCUAUUUAGUAAAGUCAUUGAUUUUGAAAGAAGAUCUAGCGACUUGGGCCACAAUUUGAAUAGUGAUUUUGGUAUUGAUCGGUUUGAUGAGAGUGAGUUUUCGCUAGAGAAAUUCAACAAUGACUUUGUGAAUAAACCUUUCAUUCUACAAUGCAAAAAGAAUCCCACAAGAUGGCCGAAGUGGAACUUAGAUUCGCUUUUGGAUAAAUUUUCAAAAGUUAAAUUUCGCCAGGAGGCGGUUAAGUGGGAUUUGAGGCUAUAUGCUGAAUAUUUUCAUAAUAAUCGAGAUGAAUCACCCCUUUAUCUUUUUGAUUGUAAUAGCGAGGCUGUUAAGACAAUUAGAAAAGAAUAUUCAUCUCCAAAAAUAUACAAUGACGAUCUCUUUAAGCUGUUUCAGGAAAAUAAUGUGAAUUGUAGGCCAGAUCAUAGAUGGCUUAUAGUAGGUCCUGCGAGAAGUGGUUCUACAUUUCACAAAGAUCCUAAUCAGACUUCUGCCUGGAAUGCUGGAUUAACUGGCCUAAAACUAUGGGUGAUGCUGCCUCCGCAUGUCAAACCGCCCGGCGUGUCAACCGAUGCUAACGAAGAAGAAGUUACGUCUCCUGUUGGUAUUGCAGAAUGGGUAAUUUCUGGGUAUUACAAUGAUUCUGUUAAGUUGGCCCAAGAGGGGAAAUGCUUAAUCGGUGUUACCUUUCCCGGCGAAUGUAUAUAUGUUCCAUCAGGAUGGUGGCACACCGUGAUAAAUCUAACCGACUCUGUUGCGAUUACAGAGAAUUUUGUUCCUCUUCCUAUACUUCCAAAAGUUCUAAUGUUUUUCAAACACAAGAAGACGCAAAUAUCAGGGUUUCAUUUGAAGGAUUUUGUUCAUUCUGUGAAACAGUUUCUCGGCAAUGUCUCUGAUGUCAAGGAUUUAUCAACAGAGAAUCUCAAAAUGUUGAAUAGUUUUAUCGAAAGUAGCAAAAAUUAUCAUUUCAAUAAUGAUGAUUGCGGGUUGCAUGACAGGGUGGAGUUUGAAACCCCAUUGUUUGAGUUUUUCGUGGAAUUAAUUCGCAAUUCAAAAUAUGAAGCUAACCUUAAUGAGGCGUUCGAAAAAGUUAACGAAAUGGAAAAUGAGGAGCUCAAACGCAAGAUUUUAGAUUCUCACAAUAAUGUUAAAAAGUCAGAGGUUUGGCAUAAGUUAGCAUCUGAGUCAAAGGAUCAAUUUUCUUUUGGUUUCGAUACAAACGAUAUGUAA